AUGCAUACAGAGUUACUGCCUAAAGGAGUCUGUGCUUCUAUUGAUCGUAUUAACAGGGCUUUCGUAUGGGGUGAGGAGGACGGGAAAUCCAAGCUCCAUCUAGUUGGAUGGGAGAAGAUGAUCUUGCCUAAGGAUCAAGGGGGGGCUGGCCUUCGUUCGGUGAGGAAUGCCAACCUGGCAAUGCUUGCCAAGAGUGGGUGGAGACUCCUCAAAGAAAAAGAUGCUCUGUGGACCCAGGUGGUCAGGGAUAAAUAUGGCCGGGGUAAAGAGAACCUGGAUCUUUUCCGCUCUCCUCAGGGAAGUUCUUUUACUUGGAGAAGCCUUAACAAGGCUUCUCCCCUCUUAAUGAGAGGUUGUGCGUGGAACAUCAAGAAUGGGAAAACUACUAAAUUUUGGCAUGACUCUUGGAUUGUGCAGGAACCUCUCCUGAACCUUGCGGAAGAGGAGAUACCCGACUCGCGAAGGGACGAGGUGGUGGCGGACUUGACCUCAGAUGAUGGAAGAUGGUGCAUGGAACGGUUAGAGGGUCUUCUCCCGCCGGAGAUACAGAUGAAGAUUACCAGCGUGGCGGUGGAUAAACUCUCCAACGACGAGGAUACCCUCUUCUGGGCUUUUUCUUCGAAUGGUCGUUUCACCACGAAGACUGCCUACGAGUCCCUCCUUCCUGAAGGGAAUGAUCCGGAUACCAAGUUUUGGAAGAUUAUUUGGAGCCUUCCGGUCCCGGAGAGAGUUCGCUGUUUUGUCUGGCUUGUGGGACUUGGGAGAAUUGCGACUAAUGCCCUUCGGUACUCCAGGAAGGUUUCUGAUUCUACGGACUGUGAGAGAUGUAAUGGACAGGCUGAGUCCAUCCUUCACAUUCUUCGAGACUGUCCCCCGGCUAUGUACUUCUGGGUGCGGCAAGUGCCAAGUGCAAGGCAACAUGCCUUCUUCUCGGCCAGCACUGCGGAUUGGCUGCGGGGGAACCUGGCAGCAGGAGAGAUUGAGCAUGUGGGAAUUCAGUGGCCUGCCUUCUUCAGCAUUGCGAUUUGGUUGUUGUGGAAGAACAGAAAUGACAUGUGCUUUAAAGGUAUUUCCGCCACCCUCACUCCUCCUUCCUUGACUCACUCGAUUGUUGCUAAAGCCAAGCUUUGGAGCGAGGCUUGGCGAGCGCCCUCUUUGUUGCCGUUUGGAAGAAGAGCCGCGGCGGCCCGGAUAACGGCUAAUAUCGCUUGGAGCCCACCUCCUGAGGGUUGGGUGAAGCUUAACAUUGAUGGUGCGUCUAAUGGGAACCCGGGCCCGGCUGGAGCCGGCGGUGUGUUGAGAAAUGAGGUUGGGUUUUGGCUCGGUGGUUUUGUUGCCAUGGUAGGUGAAGCUUCUGCAGCUUUGGCAGAGCUGUGGGCUUUUCAUCAUGGCCUGGAUGUAGCAUGGAAUCUUGGGUAUCGUCAGCUUGUGGUUGAAUCUGACUCGCAAUUGGCCAUUCAGCUUAUCGAGGAAAGACAUGAUCCCGUUCACCCGUAUGCCACUUUACUUGCGGCCAUUCGCAGGAAGCUUAGCCGUGACUGGCUGGUGCGCGUUGUUCAUGUAUACCGGGAGGGGAAUAGAGUCGCGGACUGGCUCUCGAAGCACAGUCUCGUCUAUCCCUACGGUGUACAGGAGCUUGCACACCCGCCACCAGGGCUCACGACCAUUCUUCAGGAUGAUAUUCAGGGAGUUUCUUUUGAGAGGCGGAUUGUAUCCCGCCAUUGUAACUCUCUCUCUCCUCUUACCUCCGUGUAA